CGCCGCCAGUACCGAGCUCACCUGUACGCCGUGCGCAGGCGCAGUCUCCGCGCCGCCGCGAUCCUAACGCGAUACCUUGGUACGCAUUCACGCAAUACCGCGCCCCCACUAUCACGUACGGUUUAUUGGACAGGACAUCAGCUGUCCGACUCCUAAUAACAGUGAAUGUGCACUUGGACAGCUCGGCCUGGAAGGACUUACUUCCGAAAAAGGACCUCGCCGGUCUGACAGAUCGAUCGCUCAGAUAAACGGAAAAGAGUCCAAAAUUGCCUCGAAAUAGUUAAAUUAAAAAAUCGACACAAUGGCGCUAAUACUACAGUAUAUUAACGAUAUGCAUGUGUUUAUGGACAAAUACGGAGACCCCAGGACAAAUCCGUGGUUCCUGAUGAGUUCGCCGUUUCCUACACUAUUAAUAUGUCUAAGCUAUGUCUAUCUAGUCAAGGUUAUAGGGCCAAAAUUUAUGGAAAAUAGAAAACCUUAUGAACUAAAGAAUGUUCUAAUAGUAUACAACUUUUUACAAGUAAUAUUCAGCGCGUGGCUGUUCUAUGAGAUCGGAGCAGCGGGCUGGUUCACAGGCAGGUAUAACUUUCAAUGUCAGCCGGUCGACCACUCCAAACAUCCACAAACAAUGAGGAUGGUUCACGCAUGUUGGUGGUAUUAUUUUUCCAAGUUCACUGAAUUCUUUGAUACGAUCUUCUUUGUGAUGAGAAAGAAAUUUGAUCAUGUGUCAACCCUACAUGUGAUCCACCACGGCGUGAUGCCGAUGUCCGUGUGGUUCGGCGUGAAGUUCACGCCCGGUGGACACUCCACCUUCUUCGGCCUGCUCAACACCUUCGUACAUAUCAUUAUGUAUACGUACUACUUGCUGGCGGCUAUGGGACCUCAGAUGAGGAGAUACUUGUGGUGGAAGAAGUACCUCACCACUUUACAAAUGGUCCAAUUCGUCGGCAUCAUGGUGCACGCGUUCCAGCUGUUGUUCAUCGACUGCAACUACCCGCGCGCAUUUGUUUGGUGGAUCGGAAUGCACGCUGUUAUGUUCUUCUUCCUCUUUAAAGACUUCUACAACCAGUCUUACUCCAAACCCAAGGUGCGAGCAAGGUCUCCCCAACCAGAGACAACGGAGAUCAAAGACAUCACCUACAAGAACGGCUCGCUGAAGAACGGUUUCAGCAACGGGCACACGAACGGCACGUUCUUGCGAGCGCGCACUGUGCUGCCCGCCGGCAACAGUAUGAUGGGGGGCUGGCUGAAUCAUUACAGCUUUAGAUGCCAACCUGUGGACUAUACAGACAACCCUGUAGCUAUUAGAAUCCGCGCAAUGAACAGCGCGAAAUUCGGUGAUGUGCAGACUUUGUAUAUAAGGGCCUGGUGUCGGAUAUUGUUUCAGAUCGGAGCAGCGGGCUGGUUCACAGGCAGGUAUAACUUUCAAUGUCAGCCGGUCGACCACUCCAAACAUCCACAAACAAUGAGGAUGGUUCACGCAUGUUGGUGGUAUUAUUUUUCCAAGUUCACUGAAUUCUUUGAUACGAUCUUCUUUGUGAUGAGAAAGAAAUUUGAUCAUGUGUCAACCCUACAUGUGAUCCACCACGGCGUGAUGCCGAUGUCCGUGUGGUUCGGCGUGAAGUUCACGCCCGGUGGACACUCCACCUUCUUCGGCCUGCUCAACACCUUCGUACAUAUCAUUAUGUAUACGUACUACUUGCUGGCGGCUAUGGGACCUCAGAUGAGGAGAUACUUGUGGUGGAAGAAGUACCUCACCACUUUACAAAUGGUCCAAUUCGUCGGCAUCAUGGUGCACGCGUUCCAGCUGUUGUUCAUCGACUGCAACUACCCGCGCGCAUUUGUUUGGUGGAUCGGAAUGCACGCUGUUAUGUUCUUCUUCCUCUUUAAAGACUUCUACAACCAGUCUUACUCCAAACCCAAGGUGCGAGCAAGGUCUCCCCAACCAGAGACAACGGAGAUCAAAGACAUCACCUACAAGAACGGCUCGCUGAAGAACGGUUUCAGCAACGGGCACACGAACGGCACGUUCUUGCGAGCGCGCACUGUGCUGCCCGCCGGCAACUGACGGCGGACCAGGCGCCCACCUUAGCAUUCCGUACUACUCUGUGAUUCAUAGCCUGAAAUUGUCACGGGACGUUAAUAUUUCUUAUUUAAUGCGUGGACCUUCGGGGUAACGGUGUCGGAUGUAAGUGAGGAAAACGUGAGCGCAGCCCAGGCCACCGCCGCGUGACUCCGUCAAUAAUAACCCUAUAGAUGUAGUGGUACAUGUGAUUUGUCUAGUGUACAUACAGUUGAGGCAGAACUCAUGGCGCGAAGAGCCUCGCGCCGGCGUCCGAGCGCAACUCCCGUAGAUGUAAAAAUUGUAGGUAAUGUGAGAGUGUAGCUCACGGUGCGAUGCGGGUAGCUGCGAUCGCACCAUGAGUUCUUACUCUUAGGUGGUAUCAAUGGUGUAAAUUUUAUUUUAUUUGAUGUAAAUGUAUAGCUAGAUUUGUGAUCGCAUAGCGUUUUAUACUUUUAUUGUUAGAAUUAGAUAAUAUGUUGCUUUUAGAGUUUAGAAAACCUCUAAAAGAAUACAGUCAUAAUACUUACAGAAACAUGUAUUUUAUACAUGGUGCUUAUUAAAUAAAUAUACUUAAUGAUGAGAUGAGCUUGUAAACAAUAAUUAUUGAAACCACCAUGGUAUACUCCACCAUAAUGGUUAAAUCAAUUACAGAUAGAAAUGUUGAUUUAUUGUUGUGCAAUAUAUCAUCUUGCUUCAUAUAGAAGUAAAGACAACGGCUCAUGUAAAAUAAAUAGAAAAAUCUACAUUAAUAAAAUAUUAUGGGUUAGUACGACUCUAUAUGAUAGUUAUAUGGAAGCUUUGUUAAUAAAAGCUCAGGUGAAAUGAAAUUAAUUAAUUCUAUACCCUAAUGAAAAAAUAUUAAACAAUAUUUAAUCGUCGGCACGUGCAAUAUAUUUUUCAGUACUGUCUGUUUUCCGCUAAUUCGUGUCAUAAAAUAGGUAAACAAACAAGUGCUUAACUUCAAAGGCUAUGGUUUAAAGAUUUUUAUUUACGGGACUAGCACCAACAUGGGCUUUUCUAGAAAAUAUAUAUUUAAACCAAGUAUAAACGUUUCGAUUAUAAGUAUUAAUCAGUAUUUUUACAAGCUCAUUAUUAUCAAGACAUUCACAAUUAUCAAACGAAAUGUAUGUUUUAUGCCUCUUGGCAAAUGCCAGUUAUAAUGUAAAAAAGCUGUUAAAUCAAUAUCACCGCCAUUUGCCUUUUGUGUUACACAAUUACACAUUAUAAAGGCGUUUAUUAUUUGGAUGACAACUUUCAAAUCAACGUGAUUAUGUUUUUAUUUUAAGUACAACAACUGUAUUUUAAUUUCAACCGAAUGUUCAAUUUAGAUUUAGAUUACUAUGACACUAAAGUGGUUGUGUUGGUUAUUUAUUUUGUUUAAUUUAUCUUUUAUUUAUACCAAAAUUAUGUAUAUAAGAACAAAUCGAUAACGGGUUUAUAGCAGUAGCUCUGUAACUUCCUUAUUUAGUCUUCCGUUUUGUUUUGUACUUACGCGACGCGCCAAAUUUCAUGAUCGCUUUGAAAACCGAAAAUGUUUUUUUUAUUGACUUCUUGACUCACCGAGAUUCACCCACUAAUAUUUUUAGGAGCGAUCAAGGAGUUGGGUGCUUACUUUACCCAAAAUUAAAGGUGCUUUUUGUACUCCGAACAUUCUGCUUUCUUUAGCAGUCAGGCAGCUGAAGCUCACCAUUUUGUAAAUAAAAAUUUUGUUUCGUUAAUCAUAUAGAAAUCAAUUUAUGUACCUAUUGUAAUUUUUAUACAAAAAUAUGCAAUUAAAUGAUAAGUGUAAUAUUACCAUAA